CAGUGGCACUAAUGGAAGAAGACGGAUAAUAUAUGUGAUCUGGACUCGAUAGCGUAUCUUGAGUGCAGAAACCGUUCUGGCGUGGAGAGAUUCUUUGCAGCAGGAAAUUGUGCGUGCAACAAGCCCAAAAGCAACAAUGUGAUGCCAGCCACAACAAACGAUGACGAUAGCGUUCCAACGAAAAGAAAGUGGCGGGAAACGAAAGAAAGGAAUGCAAACCCAAGGAAGCGAACGAAUGACAGCUAAAGAGCGAAAAGAAUCGACGGAAUGCAGGAAUGGCGACAGACAGCGACGAGAACGAGCGACGGGGGAUGGAGGAGUGCGUGUCAGUUGGACGGGUCGAGUCGAGGAGUCUCCCGAGUCGAGAUUCGAGAAGAGGAGAAGAAGAAGUGGAGAGCAACGUGGGAUUGGGGGCUGCGCUAGGCCACUUGCAGCCUAGCCAGGGGCCGAUGCGCUCU